AUUCCCUUUUCACAAAGUUAGGGCUUAAAAGUUAAAACCCUAAUUUUCCAUUUCUGUAAAUAGGAAAAAAGAAAGAAAAAAGAAAUUGAGAUGAUUAGGGCAUAAGUAUGCGAAUUUCCCCAAAACAUGUUACUAAUUAACACACAGGCACAGCGUCAAAUUGUACCAAACACGAGCCGUCCCGAAUUGAUUAAUGAUAUCUUUUUUUUAAUCAUCUGAAUGAAAAAAAGACUGUAAGUUUGAGUACGAGGUUUAUAGCUUACAUUAAAAUUCAGUUUGAGUUGCUCCAUUACCCUCUCCAAAAGUUGUCUGUGUGCACAAGUCACAAGCAUAGCGAAACGAAUUGAGAAAUCUUCGAACUGCUGAGGCUGAAAGUUGUGUUCUCGAUAUAGAGCAGUUCUUUGACGUAUAUGGCUGCUAAUAAACCUCGGACUACUAGUUUCUCGCGCAAUUUUUCUGCAGCAUCCAGCACAGCCCCACACGCACCUGGGCUUAAGCAUGGUCCUAAUGGGACAAUGUUUCUUUCAUCUGGCAUACUAGACCUUGACAAGAUUUUGGGAGGUGGGUUUGCAUUGGGAAGUCUAGUGAUGGUUAUGGAAGAUCCGGAGGCACCACAUCAUAUGUUACUAUUGAGAAAUUUUAUGUCUCAGGGGUUGGUUCACCACCAACCUCUUAUUUAUGCUAGUUCUGCAAAAGACCCGAGAGGGUUUCUUGGCACUUUGCCUAAUCCGAUGGUCUCCAAGGAUGAUAAAUCUCGUGUCCAUGAGACAGAGCAGGAAAAGGGGUUGAGAAUUGCUUGGCAAUAUAAGAAGUAUUUUGGGGAACAUAAUUCAGAGUCUCAGAAAGAUGGAAAGUCAGAGUAUUGCAGCAACUUUGACUUGCGGAAGCCCCUAGAGAGGCAUUUCUUUAGUGGACAGCGUAUCGAUUGCGUUAGCCUUAAAGAAUCUGCUGACCUUGCCACAUUUCAGGAGCAUUGCUCGAGCUUCUUGUCUCAAACUCCUAGAGACAAUGGGAACAUAGCCGGUGGUCGUAUUGCCAUUCAGUCACUGUGUUCGCCGCAGUGUGAAUUUUCCAACAAGGAGUGGGAGAUGCUUUCUUUUAUCAGAUCUCUGAAAAGUUUGGUGAGAUUGUCAAAUGCGGUAGCAGUUUUAACCUUUGCGCCUUCGCUUGUUUCAACAGCCUUCUCCAAAAGGCUGCAGCAUUUGGCCGACACCCUAGUUUCUGUCAAAGCAAUUCCAGAUGAAGACAAGGAACUGGCUAAGCUUCUCACAGGAUAUCAGGAUAUGGUUGGCCUUCUUAGUGUGCACAAAGUGGCACGUAUUAAUACACAGGUCCCUGCUAUUCUAGAGGCAACCACAUUCUCAAUGAAAUUGCAGAAACGACGAUCCUUGAUUUUGGAAUGUCUAAACCAGGCCCCUGUAGAUGGUUCUAGUGGAGCUUCCUAUGCUUCUUCUGGUAGUUGUUCUGGGUCCUCUAAGACAGGGGCCCUAGACUUUUAGUUGAUGAGUUAGUGUUGUUUGGUGGUCAAGGCAGAUAAACUCAUUCAAACCGUUGUAUGCAUCUAAUCUACUGUAAAGGUUUUGUCAUAUAACUCGAUUUGAAAUGAUCCUUCAAGCCUUACAUCAUUUUACAUGGUAAUCUCUGUCUGAGAAUUGUGCUAGAAACAUAAUGUGCGGCUUGUCUACUCGUACCAACGGAAGAAUGAUUAAGGAAGACCAGAGAUGAAGGCUGAAACAUAUCAUCUCGUGUUCUUUUUUGGAUGUGGAAACUGGAUUACCCCAGGAUUUGCCUUGAACAUGUGAAGGCAACAGCGAGGAGCUGCGGGUUUGACAUUUUCGUACAGAAAACUGGAUUGCAAUACAUCUGUAUAACUAAGACUUACGAGUAUUUUAAGUGCUUGUAACUUGUCGUUCUGAGACAGUACAAAUAGCCGGCAGGCAAUGCCUGUCUUAAUACAUUCCUUUUCAUUUA